AAUCCAAUACAGUGAUCGUAGGAUCACUUGAGUACUACCGUCUCCGAGUGCUCUUGGUGCUCCGAGCGCUCCCAGUCCAGUUAGCGCCUGUUCCAGUUCUUCUUCGAAGAUGCUCGGAUGUGCUAGGCGCCUUUUAAGCGCACCGAGUGGGUCGUCUGAAAUCUGUUGGCCGUGCACGGUGAGACGUAGCAAGUCGACGCGCCGUGGUGGCACUAGCGCGCACGGUGUGUACUGCAUGGACCUGGUGAGAAAGCACGACCACGAGAACUACCUGUGCAGCCUCCUCCUGCCAAACGACGGACGAAGGACGGCUUUCGCGGUGCGCGCCCUCAACGUGGAGCUGGCGCAGAUCCGAGACGUGGUCUCCAGGCCAGACAUCGGACUGAUGAGGCUCCAGUUUUGGACCGAUGCCUUGGAGCGGAUUUACAAGGGCAGUGCACCUGAGCAGCCAGUCGCGCACGAGCUGGCUGCAGUCAUCCGUUCGCGCAAGCUGUCGAAGCACUGGCUCAGCAGGUUGAUAGAAUCGAGGAGGGAAUCUGACAAGGCCCACACCAGCCUGGAGGAGGCCGAGGAGUAUGCGGAGAGGAGCGUGUCCCCUGUGCUUUACCUCACGCUGCAGUCCAUGGGAGUGCAGGACCUGAACUGCGACCACGUUGCUAGCCACGUGGGCAAGCUGCAAGGGUUGACCAACCUCAUUCGAGGAGUGCCCGUCAAUGCUUCGAGGGGUCGCGUCUACGUCCCCCUCCAACUUUUGGCCAAGCACAAAGUUUCUCAAGAAUCGCUCGCCAGGGGGAAAGCGGACACAAGGGAAGUGAUAUACGAGCUGGCCUGUGCUGCGCAUCAACACUUGGAAAAGGCACACAGCCUGAAGGCGAAUGUUCCAGCAAGUGCGAGGCCAGUGUUCCUUCCUGCUGUUGCAUCCAGCAGCUACCUGGAAAAACUGCGUCGUGUAGAUUUCAAUGUGUUUGAUUCCCAGCUCCAAAAGCGGAACGGUCUACUUCCCUUGUCGUUAUGGUGGCACAAAUUAAAGCACUCGUUCUAGACUU